UAAAAAUGGUGGUCACAAGUUUAUGAAUUGAAAGCGAUAAAAAAUGAAAAAAUAAAUACGCACCGCUAUGUGUAUUUGAAUUAUAUUUAAAAUGUCUACACCAGUGUCGAAUCGUAAAUAUGGAGCGCAAAAAAUUCGACUUACAAUACUGUGUGCGCGGAAUUUAGUCCGGAGGGAUUUGUUUCGUUUACCUGAUCCUUUUGCAAAAAUAUCUGUGGACGGCAGCGGACAAGUGUACUCCACUAAUGCUGUAAAAGCUACUUUGGAUCCAAAAUGGAACACUCAUUACGACUUGUAUUUAACCAAGGGAGAUGGUAUUACAAUCAGUGUAUGGAAUCAGCGUAAAGUUCACAAACGACAGGGCUCUGGUUUCCUUGGCUGUGUCCGUAUUCAGCCAUCCACAGUGCACAAAUUAAAAGAUACUGGAUAUCAAUGCCUGGAACUUUGUGAGGACAGUUCUGGAGAAACAUGUGGUGUACGAGGUCAGGUCAUUGUUUCCCUUCUAUCUCGUGAUGGUGCCCGAGGAGAACCUGCAUCAGCAGCUGGGGAAGGGUCCCCACUUGCUGUAGUAGGCCCUGCCGGUGAAGUACGAACCCCAAGAGACCCUCCUAUUAAUUCUAAUGGAACAAACCUACCAUUACCACUUCAUUGGGAAGAGAGGAGGUGUAAUAGUGGAAGGACUUAUUAUGUGAACCACGCGCUCCGGCAGACGCAAUGGGAGCGCCCAGUCGACCCAAGCCCAGCGUCCCCUGUGCCGACCACUCCCCCCUCGACUCCAUCACCCGGACCCACUAGCCCCGUAACCCCCGCCUCACCCCUCUCACCCGCAUCACCCACCUCACCAGCAUCCCCUGCGUCACCUGUGUCUGAGAGCGAUGUCAGCCAAGCCGCUUCUAUAUCAUUAAGACCGGAACCUCAACCACAGACUGCAGUAAGAACACGACAGCCUUCCACGCCAUCAUCUCCUUCCAAUGGAACACCCGUAAUCGUAGCUGCCACGGAUUUACCACCUGGAUAUGAAAUGCGAACAACAGCUCAAGGGCAAGUGUACUUCUACAACAGCGUGACUGGCGCGUCCACGUGGCACGACCCGCGCGUGCCACAACACUUGAGACACUGCGCAGCCGCGGCCGGCCCGUUGCCACCCGGCUGGGAGAUGAGACACGCGCCCUCAGGCCGACCCUACUUCGUAGACCACAAUAAUCGCACUACGCAAUUCACUGACCCCCGUUUGGCACUAUCAGCUCGUCUGACACCACCAUUAGACGUCGCACCCCCAGUGCCUGCAAGUCCACCCACCGCUACACCAGUCCCAGCCACCGCAUCAAUCGAACCACCAGACGCAGACGCGCUGCCGAAAUACAAACGAGACUUAGCGGCCAAAGCGAGAGUCCUACGUGCGGAGCUACAGGCCUUGCAACCGCAGACUGGGCACUGUCGAAUUGAGGUAUCACGUAACGAAGUACUGGAAGAAUCGUACCGGCUCGUGAUGAAGCUACGCGGCAAGGAACUACGCAAACGACUGCUAGUCAAGUUCCGCGGCGAAGAGGGGUUGGACUACGGCGGUGUUGCGAGGGAAUGGUUGCAUUUACUAGGACGAGAACUAUUCAACCCUCACUAUGGACUAUUUCAGUAUGCAAGCGCUGGUGAUGAUAGAUAUGCGUUACAGAUCAAUUCGGACUCGGGGGUUAACCCGGAGCAUCUAUCGUACUUUCACUUUGCGGGCCGUAUCCUGGGCGUGGCACUGUUCCACGGACAUCAGUUGGAUGCCGCAUUUACUGCACCAUUCUACAAGCAACUUUUAGGAAGACCAAUCACCCUGCGAGAUAUAAGGGACGUUGAUCCUGAGUUGCAUCGGUCAUUGUCUUGGAUGCUAGAUAACAGCAUAGCCGGUGUAAUAGACACAACAUUUUCCGUCGAAUGCUCGUCUUUCGGUGCAGUACGAAGCGUGGAGUUGAGGCCGGGCGGAACCAACGAAACUGUUACCGACGCAAACAAACGCGAUUACGUAAGACUGUACGUGGCGCAUAGAUUCACGAGGGGCGCUGAGCGCCAGUGGCUCGCUCUACAGCGGGGACUCGCAGACAUCAUUCCUCCACAGCUCCUCAGACCGCUCUCCCCAAGAGACCUGCAACCGCUGUUAGCCGGAAGAGCGGACCUCGACCCCGCGGAUUGGCGCCGGCACACGCGGCUCAAACACGUCAAUCCAGAUGCUCCUAUAGUCGGAUGGUUCUGGGAAAUAGUCGAGGAGUUCGACGCUGAAAUGCGAGCAAGACUGUUACAGUUCGUCACAGGCUCCAGGCGUGUGCCACUCGCAGGUUUCCGCGCCCUACAAGGCUCCACUGGGGCAGCCGCUCCUAGACUAUUCACGCUGCACUUAGUAGCCGACGCCUCCGCAGAUUCUCUUCCAAAAGCGCACACGUGCUUUAAUCGUCUCGAUCUUCCGCCUUAUCCAAGCAAAGAAAGGCUGCACGACAAACUCAAGCAGGCGGUCUUAGAAACUGCUGGGUUCGCCGUUGAAUGAUAUUAUACUAUUUUUAUUAUUGUGUUCUAUAUUUGUGUUCUACGUUGUAUGUACAAUUCGCGGCCACUCGACAUGGUAAUCACGAUAUGAGCUCUAACGGGAAAUGGGGUACGCUUCCCACACCUAAGCAACGCUUGCGCUUUUUAAGUUUAAUACUGCAUGAAUUUACGUUCGUUAAAAUUAUAUAUAAUUUGCUAACGUUGUUGUUACCAAAAUUGUUCAGAGUAUUAUUGUUUAAAUUGCCAUGUCGACUAGUCGCGGACUAUAGCUUUAUAAAUGCUGUAGUUUAUUUACUACAGCUAUCAAAUGAUACAUUUGUAUGGGAGAUGUAAAACGGCAGGUAAGCAAUUUAUGAGACUGACAGAUAAGAGAAACGUAAUAACAUGACAGAGUUAUGAUAUGGUAUUUAGUAAAUGUAACUUCAAAAUCAAAUGGUGUCGCAUAAUUUACAUGUUUUAUAUUGAAUAAAUGAAAGACUAUUUCUUCACGUUGAAUAGCUAAUGUAGCCAAAAUAUAUUAGUUAAAGUGGUUUACUUCCAUUAUACAUUAAACUAGUGAGCUGUUGUUACCCCCUAAAGGGAUAAACCUAAAGCAAAUAUGAGACCCUACCCAAGUAAUUGUGUUGAUGAAUUUUUUUAGUUAACUUGAAUAUAUAGUUUUUAAGUGACAUCGGUAGAACUGUGUCAUUUGCUUAAAAAUAAUAACCGUAAUUAUCUCAGGUUUCUUGGUUAGGGACUUGAUCCCUGAGAUUGAGAUUAAACCGCUUUUGCUGUUAAGCCGAAAGGUUUUUUUUUAUGUAAACUUAAAAUCACCUUGACGGUAGCGAAAAUAUGUCAUUUUGGAGGACCAAACGUCAAAAUUUGACAUUUCAAUACAAAUUUGACAGAUUUACGCAGAAGGUUAAGUUCGUUUUAACAUGAUCAGGGUGCAUAGUCUGAGUUUUUCCAUCUAUUCGAUCGCGUGAAAGUUAACUAUGAUUGGUAUGGGAUCGAAAAAGCGGCAUUUAGUGAAAAUACUGUUUCGCAGUAAAACUCACUAGGGGCACUGAGGUAAUAACAUCUCACAUUUUUUUUACGUAUACUAUUUAUACUUCUCAUCGGUAUUUUGAGGUAUUACAAAUCAUGUUAUCAAAUUGUAAACUAUAGGUUUUAUUUAUAAAAUGUUUUAUCCAUAUAUUUGCACCUACAUGAUACUUGUAGCACAAUUUAUUAUGCUGUUCUAUAAAAAUCUGAUCAGUAAUAUACUAGAUAAUAUUAAAGUUCCAUACAAAAAGAUGAAAUGGUUGUUUAUAGUUGUUACGUGUUUCUAUUAUUAAAUAUUGCUAUAAACAAUAUUAUAUGAUUAACAACAUACAUAUCAUGUAUGUUCCUGCUCGAAUGAGAUUCUGAAACUUAUACUGCUCAUUCGGACUUCUAAGCACUAACAUACACACAGACACAUUAUAUUAUAUACCAAAACAGGUAACCAAUUCGUAUGUGAUUUUGAUGACUACAAGUAUAUCUAGGAUAUUAAUGAUCAAAGUUAAAAAUGCAUUAUAAUAUGCUCAAAAGAAUAUAGGAUUUUCAUAUCUUAAUAAUUUUAGUUCUACGACUAAAAAGUUUUCUAAAAUCAUGAAUCACAAAGAUUUAAAUAUCUAGAUACGCCUUCACCUUAAAUAAAUAUCUACUCACCCAGAAUCCACUCAGUAAUCACAGUAAGUGAUGAUCGAUUAUUUUAUUUCCGUCUAGUGUUUAGUUAAGAGAUACUGACACCGAUAUAACCUCUCAACUUGUGCAAUGACGCCUGCGUUAUUUCGGUAAUGAAAGCAUCAUCAAGAUUUCCAACAACACACAAUUCGAAGGAAGAAUUUGAGAGUAUCUUAUAUAUGAAAUCAGUUAAUUCAAUAUCAAGGCAUAUCUAUUUAUGAAAUUUUUUGAUAAAUUAUGUUUUUACUCUAAUGUUUUGUCACCUUUUGGUGUUAUAGGCCUUCAUAACAAUCGGUUAAACUAGUUCAUUUUAUCUUUCAUGGCAUUCAAACUUAUAUUUAAAUGUUAGUUUGUCUUCUGCUAAAACCUUUGGCUCGUUUCCCGCUUUAUAAUGUUGUCAGUCCUUGUAAAGUUCGUAACUGAAAAAACUGAGUCGGGUCAAUCUUUUUCGCUAAAUUAUUCUGCAGUGGUCUUGUACUGUAAAAGUCCCGCCAUAAACAGACCAAACAUUAAAAAACGUGUGUUUUGGUUAUAUAGCGAAUUGUAUUUACAUAAAAUUAAUAUGAGCUUAAUAAUGGCGGCAGAUAUUAAGAUAUUAUUUAUAUAAAUAUAUAUAUAUAUAUGUAUAUAUAUAAAAAUAAACAAUUCAUAUACACUCAAUACCAAUUGGUUAUUUAAGUGGUCAAUUUUGUUGGAAUUAAUUACCACCAUGUUGGUUAAUGCUUUAUUUAAAAGCUUGCACCCGAAGUUAAUCAAUCCAAUAUCUUCAAAUGUCAUAUUAAAUCUAGACUAGUGCUAAUCUUAUCUAUAGGGAAUUGUAUGAAAAGGAUAGCACUACUAAAUUCAAUCUGUCAUCUGUAGAUUUUGGAUUCAUAAAUUUGGGUGGUUGGACAGGUAUUAAUGGUAAAAGGGAGAUAGUUUGUUAUUUCUAUUAGUAUUCAGCUGUACCAAAUGUUUUAAAAAUAAGAUAAAUGCGUUUUUCGAAUUCAUUACAGAAAAAUAAAACAAUAAAAUGUUGUUUAACGUUUACUGCCAAAGUAACAUGAAAAAGCAAAGUAAUGUAACAUAAUUCCGCAGCCCAGCCAAAUGUGAUUUACUUCUGUCCGGCCAACAUAAAUAUCGCGUACUUCUGCAUUUUGUACUGUUUAAUUGAAAGCUGACAAAAAGUUUUCAAAUAUUUAUUAUUUUUCACUGAACUUUUACCGACAUUAAUGUCAACUUAAUCAUCAAUACAUCUUAGCUCACUGUUAUGAUAUAAUAUGGUUACGAUUAUUUCUUCUUCUUCUAUCAACGGUAAAUGUAUUACGAAUGCGAUAUAAAGAGAAUAAUUUGCAUUUUCUUUGUAAAAAACUGAUUUCAGUACAAAAGCACAAGACAUGGAGUGUUCUCUUAAUAUUAAAUUUAUUUGAAUUUUAUAUUCAUUGGAUUUAUUAGGUAAUUGCUCAUAAGGUGCCUUAUUAUUUGAAAUAACAGGAAUUAUAUUCAUGUAUAUAAACGCUUUUACGAUCUAACAAAUGAGUUAAUCAUUUAAGAUAGGUAAUUAUUUAAAUUGAUUAACAUUAAGUAUACAACAUUUUUAAGCAUAAAUCAUUAAUGUGCGAUUGUAACAUAAUUGUAAUUUUAGGAGGUGAUGAUGCAAGUUAAAAUACAAUAUUUAUAACAAGGAUGAGUGCCUUUUACCCGUUAGUUAACAUUGAGUAAAAGUGUUCUACUAUCUGGAGAUGUAAUUUCCAACCAGAUCUAUGCGCUUAGAAUAAUGCAUUUACACCAUUAUCUUGAGUGAUUCUUACUAUCUUUUAGACACAUAAAAUCAUUUUUAGAUUGAUUUGUUUUAAGGGACUUUUAUAAAAACAGCAAGCGUCUUGACUUACGGCUAGGCUAAAAUUUUCACUUUUAUCCCAGUUGAUUACACAGCGUAGAGUAACAACUUGCUUUCGUCUCUAGUAUGUAGUACAUUAUUACUCAAAGUUAAAUAAAAAUAUAGUGAUAGCUUUAGAAAUGUAUGACUGUUAGCAAUAUAAAAUUAUUAACAGUAAUAUACUUGCAUUAAAAUAAACUAUAAUAUUUUUGCACAGU